GCCCCAGUUCUGGUGACCAAGUGUUUGCUUCAUCUGCAGGUGACUUCAGCCAUGUCAUCUGACGAAGGCAAGCUCUUCAUUGGAGGACUCAGCUUCGACACCAAUGAGCAGAACCUGGAGCAGCUCUUCUCCCCCUAUGGGGACAUAGCGGAAGUGGUGGUAGUGAAGGACCGCGAGACCCAGAGAUCCAGAGGCUUUGGCUUCAUCACCUACCGCCGCCCAGAGGAUGCCAAGGAUGCUAUGAGAGCUAUGAAUGGGGAGGUGAGUGGGGGUAGCCCGAAGAGAUGGUGGCUGGAUGUGCUGCCGUGUGCCCCCCCCCAAAUCCAUGCCAGGCGCCUGCCUGACUCUUCCAGAGCCCCCACAGGCAGACAGCUCUGUCACCAUGUGGCCAGGGGCCGCCUCUUCCCCAGCUCCCCAAAGCCAGCCUGCCUCCUGACAGCCCUGCAAGUGGGGGACCCCCAGGCAGCAGCAGAGGUGAGCAGGCGACAGCAGUAAAGGGGGCAAGGAGCU